AUGACCCAAAUGGAGAGUGUCGACACCCAGCAAGAUGACUACGACGACAUGCCGGGUGGCCCUGGAGCUCCCAUUCCCGUCUCCCAGCUCGUGGGUGUCGCAGGUCUGACCGACCGAGAUAUCAAACUGGUGAUCGAAGGUGGCUUCCAUACUGUUGAAUCCAUCGCAUACACACCACGUCGUCAACUGGAACAAAUCAAAGGAAUCUCAGAAGCAAAAGCAUCGAAACUGUUGAACGAAGCGAUGAAACUUGUCCCGAUGGGCUUCACCACCGCUACGGAAAUGCACGCCCGCCGAAGUGACCUCAUCUCAAUCACCACCGGCUCCAAAAAUCUCGACCGGUUACUCGGUGGCGGGAUCGAAACGGGGUCCAUUACCGAAAUUUUCGGAGAGUUUCGAACUGGAAAGAGUCAGAUCUGUCACACAAUGGCGGUUACAUGUCAAUUGCCAUUUGACAUGGGCGGUGGUGAAGGCAAAUGCUUAUACAUCGACACCGAAGGCACCUUUCGACCAGUGCGACUGCUGUCGGUGGCCAACCGAUAUGGUCUUGAAGGCGAAGAGGUCCUUGACAAUGUCGCCUACGCUCGAGCGUACAACUCGGAACAUCAGCUGCAACUCCUCCAACAAGCAUCCCAGAUGAUGUGCGAGACACGAUUCUCAUUGCUCAUUGUUGAUUCGGCCACCUCACUCUACCGAACCGACUAUAACGGAAGAGGAGAGCUGUCAUCACGACAGUCACACAUGGCGAAAUUCCUGCGCACAUUGCAGAGACUAGCGGACGAGUUUGGCAUCGCGGUUGUCAUCACGAAUCAAGUGGUUGCUCAAGUGGACGGUGGACCCAGCGCUAUGUUCAAUCCCGACCCGAAGAAACCUAUUGGCGGCAAUAUCAUCGCACAUGCCAGCACGACCCGUCUAAGCUUGAAGAAGGGCCGAGGGGAGACUCGGAUUUGCAAGAUCUAUGACAGUCCCUGUCUGCCAGAAAGCGACACCUUGUUUGCCAUCUAUGAACAUGGAAUCGGUGAUCCUCAGCCCAAGGAUGACAAGGAGUAA